UUACUCCCUAUCAAUCAGGGCGAUCUGGGCUCCGCGCUGUAAUGCCCCGGGCGCGCAGUAAAGAGGCUGCCCGGGGGGAGAAGCGUCCUGUCGGUCUGCUUUUUCCACUCUGACGUUAGCAGGAUGAAAAAAAGAGAAUAUGAUGGCGGUUUGGCCUGACGGAGGACGAGAGCAGGAGGCAGAGAGAGGGCCCAGUGCUUUUUUUUAUGAUCUUUUGUAGGAGCGCGAAUGGCGGGCAGCUCGCAGGGAGGGAGAGUAGCUGCUCAUGCUGUCUGAGAGUGAUUGAUAGACAGCGGGAUUUCAUUUGAUCGAUCCUUAUUUUAUCAUCUGUUGCUGAACGCUGCCUUGUAGAAAACGGGAGUUUCCUGUAUUUUAUUGCCAGAGUGAGGCAGGGGAUGUGUGUGUUAAAACGCGCUGUGGAGGAACAUGGCGGCUGUCUGUAUCUGUAAUGGUUUGUGGUGCGGAAACUUGGGUGCGCUAGAAAUGCUCAAGUGCUGUCAGCAGCAGCAGUAACUAUGAUGACUUCCCCAUCAGUGGCCAUGGAGGAGUUUCAUGAGGCUGAGCAGAUGCAGGAGGAGGAGCAUGCAGUUGGGGAGAUGAAGGAACAGUUGGAGGAAGAAGAGGAGAAAGAAGAGGAAGAGAGCGACCCAGUGCCAGCCGAGCCACAGACGCCCAUGGAGGCCCAUAAAGCCGCCAUCUACAGACACCCCCUGUUUCCCCUGUUGGCGCUGCUAUUUGAGAAGUGUGAGCAGUCCACACAGAGCUCAGAGUGUGUGACGUCAGCCAGCUUUGAUGUGGACAUCCAGAACUUUGUCCGGGGUCAGGAGAAAGAGAGCAAAGCCUUCUUCAGUGAAGAUCCUGAACUUGACAACUUGAUGGUGAAGGCAAUCCAGGUGUUGCGGAUUCACCUGCUGGAGCUGGAGAAGGUGAAUGACCUGUGUAAGGACUUCUGCAGUCGCUAUAUUGCCUGCUUGAAGACCAAGAUGAACAGCGAGACUCUGCUCAGCAGCACUGAUCCAGGCAGCCCAUACUCACCCACACAGACCCCUAGCUCCUUCUCUGGGACUGUAAGUCCUCAGGGUAUUGUCGUACCAGCAUCCGCCUUGCAACAGGGCAACGUUACCGUCACAACAGUCAACCCCACACAGGUGGUGUCAGGUGGGACUGUCUAUCAGCCGGUUACCGUUGUUACUCCGGAAGGCCAGGUGGUCACACAGGCGCUCUCCCCCGGCACGAUACACAUCCAGAACUCACAGCUCCAGCUGCAGCUGAACCAGGAUCUCAGUUUCCUGAGUCAGGACGAAGGCUCGUCUAAGAGCAAACGAGGCAUUCUCCCCAAACACGCCACCAGUGUGAUGCGCUCCUGGCUCUUCCAGCAUAUCGGGCACCCGUAUCCCACAGAAGAUGAGAAGAAGCAGAUCGCUCUGCAGACUAACCUCACCUUGCUACAAGUCAAUAAUUGGUUUAUUAAUGCACGGAGGCGGAUCCUGCAGCCUAUGUUGGACGCCAGCUCAUCAGAAACGCCCAAGAGCAAAAAGAAGACGCCACAGACACGCCCACUCCAGCGCUUCUGGCCCGACUCCCUCGCUUCCACCGUCUCCCAGCAACAGGUUGCCAUGGAGGAUGGUAUGCCUUUUGCAUAUCAGCACGGUACCAUGGUAGCGGUGGGCAUGGUAACAGGAGAAGACGGGCUGCAGACGCUGACGUCGGACGGAGCGACGCUGGCCAUGCAGCAGGUGAUGAUGGGCGGGCACAGCGAGGAUGAUGAAGACGAUGAAGAAGAAGAAGAGGACAAUCUAUCCCACUCUGAUAUGACCAGGCUAGGCCUGGAAACCAGCGACUCACUGUAGGAAGGAGAAACUACUCACAUUUACCCACACAUACACACACACUGACGGGGUGUAGAUAGACAAGUAAAAGGAUAUUAUUAACAAAUCAUGAAGUGCACAAAGUGAGAGAGUAAGAGAGAGGGAGUGAGAGAAAUUUGCUCACUGCAGCAAUCAAUUGAAUGGCCAUGUACUGUAUAUUACAUUAUUAUGAAUCCCCAAGUUGUCAAACAGCUUGUUAAAGAAAGAAUUGAAGGCUCAAAGCCAUACACGCCAAAUCACAAUCCAUGCACACACACACAAAAAACCAUGAAAAUACAAAAGCACAAACGUAUUACACGUCUGAGAUUUCUUGCACAGUGAGGAUAUGCAUCAGUUUCAUUUCAGAAACUCUCUUUUUUUGGUUGGUUGGUUUGAUAGUUUGUUGAUUCAGCAGCACACAGGAACCUCAUGCACUUUUUGUAUGUUACUGUAAACAGCCGUGUUGAAAACACUGCAAAAACAAAACAUAAAAAAAAAAUACAAAGAAACUAUGACAAAAAAAAAAGAAAAAAGAAAAAAAAGAAACCAUAGGUCAAUGCUGGAUGAUUUGGCUUUACAUGUCCUUGUCUCCUUGAAUACCAAGACAAUGAGAUUAUGUCUCUUGCAUGCCUGUGUUUGCAUAAUUUUCAGGCGCCUGAGAAGAAGAAACUAUUUUUAUAUGACACUGUCAAAAUGAAUCGGUGCCGGUUUUGUGGAUUUUUUUUUUGUUUGUUUGUUUGUUUUCUUUUUGGGCUCAGUUUUGCUGCAGUUUUGGACUGUUUUAUGUUGGCAAUGAGAAAAAAAAGAAAAAAUUCAAAAAAUCACUUUUUGAUAUGAUGGCCAAGUUUUGGGGAAUUUUGAUAACACUUCAUAAUAACUGAGAUGCUCUGAAAGUGGUUUUGCAAUAGUAAGAAUAAUAUGAAGUAUGGGGCAAAAAAAAAGGAAAAAGAAAAAGCAAGACUGUUCGUGUAUUUUGUCAGAACAUGAGACUGGCCUCGUUUCGGCUUUAAAAAGGGCCAACAGCACAUCCUCAAUGAAAUCAUGGAACAGAACGCAAUCAUGGAACCAUACAAAAAAAAGAUAAUGCUAAUGAUAAAUUUGUCAUUGUUUGUCAGGUUUAAGGUCAGUAUUUUCGUGAGAAGGGACAGUUAUGUUUUGAUGAUUAAUAAAUCAUGAGUGGUCCGAGUGGUGUGGAUUUUUUGUAGAAGGUCUAACACAUUUCCAUUAAAGGCUUCUUUUUUCCACUGCAGGGCUAAAUGGUUAUGAAUGGACUUGUUUAACAGGUUGCGGUUUCUUCUUCCAUUUGCUGUGUUGCUACAGAAAUCAGAACCCAGAACUGCAUACCCAGAGUCUUGUAAAAAUGAUACUUAUAUGCUGUGAUCACUAUCACAGCAGCACAAGCACGGCAGAUACAUUUGUUGUCCAGCAUCACUACCACAGUGUUAGCAUGCUGACUACUGGCAUCAUCCCACCAAAAGGCAAAAGGAUCGCAACCAAAGCACUAGUAUGCUGACUACAGGUGUCUUUCAGCAUCGCUGCUGCAGCGCUAACAUCUUGGCUACCAGCUUUUAGUUUUCAGUUGUCAGCCAUCUGUCCUCACUACUAUAGCGUUAGCACCAUGACUACCUGCCUCAUCCCACAUUGUAUACAGAUGUCGUCCUGCAUUGCUACUCCAGUGUUAGCACGCUGGCUACUGGCCCUAUUAAACAUUGCUACCACAGUGCUAGCAUGCCAGUUACAGGCGCAUGGCUACCUCAGAGUUAGAACCACAUUCAUUAGGAAAAGCAACUGUGGAACAGUUACCCUCUGUACUCAGAGCCAUUCAGCCCUGCAGUGGAAAAGCAGCCAGAUACUUUUAGUAGUCUUUACAGUGUAUGAUUUCUCUGAAAAACUGCUAAAAACAUUUUUAAAAAAGUCAUAAGCUACUAGCUGCCCUUUCCAGCUGAGUUCUUUCAAAGUUUAUUCUGGUCCACCACCACAUUUCACAAUCACAAUCAAGCCGAGACCUUUAGUGCUUGGAGUAUGUAAAGACUUUUUUGCAUGGGUUUGUACUUUGUUGCUGUAAAGUAAACAUUAAACACUAUUAUUUACAAGCAUCGUAUACUUUACAGUAGAACACGUAUGUGUAGGCCUACAGACAGAGUGUGUGAAGUUGCACAAUGUAAACUACUAAGAAAAAAAUGUACAGUCGGCCAGUUUCUGCUUUCAGUCUCACUCCUGAUUUAUUAUGUACCACUUCACGUUCGGUAAAAGAAAGACUGUAGCCGAUAUCGUUUUGAUUUCAUUUGUCUUCUCUCUUUUACGGACUGCGUUUUUGUUUUGCCAAAUAUGAAUAUUUUUUUGCGUUCUGUCCGUUUUAUUUGAAGUAUGAUCUCUGAAGUUUGAGUCGUUCACAGACUGGAUCAGUUGAUUUCUGUUCAGUUUGUCGUUUUCAAAGUGCGGCGCUUAUGCUUUCUGAUCAAAACUGGGUUUUAUUUUUGUUUUCAGCUGUCGUCUUGUGAUGCCGUGGACGAGGUCAGAUGAUGGCGAGCAUGACCUCAGUUAGCUUUGCAUGGUGGCUUUCCACAGGCUGCAUGUGUCCCUUUCAGCUUUAAAGGAAUGUUUCACCCAAACAUACUAAUGGAGGCUAACGCGAUGUGGCGAACACUGAGUGAAUGAAUUAAUAAAGUAUGUUAGCAUAAUGCUAACUACUGCACCCAAUAGCUUUCCUUUAUUAGUAGAAACGUUUUGGGUGAAACAUUCUUUGGAAACCAUUUGUUUUUUUGCAUUUUUCUUUUAGUUUUGUUUGGUUUUUAGGAUAUUCUUGCUGCUUUUUCACACACGCUCAUGUUUGCCUUUCUCUGUUUUGUAAUAAACUCAACUAAGUACAGUG